UGUAACAUCGUCGAUCGUGGUUUCUUUUUUAUCAACUUCUGCUCUGAACCCGCUCGCAGAUCUCUCUUUUUUCUCGCUCUAUCAGCAGUCUGCAGCAGAGACAAAGUUCAAAGCUUUCCCCCUCCAAAACCCCAAUAAGUAAGGAAAAAAGAAAUUAUAGCUUCAAUUCAAUCUUGAACUGGCAAUGGUUUCAGUUCUGAGCUAAGGAUUUUUCGUUCUAGAUAGGGUUGUGUUUGGGGAGGGAGGGAGCUCAGGUGGUAAUAAAUUCCAAAUAACGAAGAGGAAAGAGCACCUGAAGUCCUGAACAUGGGUAUUUGCACUUCCAAACCCUCCCCGGAACCCAAUCUUCAUCAAGAUUCCAAGCAAAACCCUAUUCCAACCAAGGAUAAAAAUAACCCAGCCCAGGUCAAGGAUAAUGGUGGAAACUCCAGCAAUCAGCAAGAAAGCAAGAAAUCAGAUGCGGAAUCCGCUAAAAAAUCUCCGCUUUUCCCCUUUUACAGCCCUAGUCCAGCGCAUUAUUUGUUCUCCAAGAAGUCUCCGGCGAGAUCUUCCGCGAAUUCCACGCCCAGGAGGUUUUUUAAGCGACCGUUCCCGCCUCCGUCUCCGGCGAAGCACAUUAAGGCGGUGUUAGCUAAGAGGCACGGGUCUGUGAAGCCGAACGAGGCGUCGAUACCGGAGGGGAAUGAAUCCGAUACGGUGGCGGCUCUGGAUAAAAGCUUUGGAUUUUCUAAGCAUUUUGGAAAUAAGUAUGAGCUGGGAGAAGAAGUGGGAAGAGGGCAUUUUGGGUAUACUUGUAAAGCUAAGUUCAAGAAAGGGGAGCUUAAGGGGCAAGAAGUUGCCGUUAAGGUCAUCCCAAAAGUCAAGAUGACCACUGCCAUAGCCAUUGAAGAUGUAAGAAGGGAGGUAAAGAUAUUGAGAGCCUUAACAGGACAUAGCAAUCUCGUACAAUUUUAUGAUGCAUAUGAAGACCAUGACAACGUCUUCAUUGUAAUGGAGCUUUGUGAAGGAGGGGAGCUUUUGGAUAGAAUACUUUCGAGGGGUGGGAAAUAUGCAGAAGAUGAUGCAAAGGCUGUGAUGGUACAGAUUCUAAAUGUUGUUGCUUUUUGUCAUCUGCAGGGUGUGGUGCACCGGGAUCUUAAACCUGAGAACUUCUUGUUCACUUCUAAGGAUGAGAAUUCACAACUUAAAGCUAUUGAUUUUGGAUUAUCAGAUUUCGUCAAGCCAGAUGAAAGGCUUAAUGACAUUGUUGGUAGUGCAUACUAUGUUGCUCCUGAAGUUCUGCACAGAUCAUAUAGCACAGAGGCUGAUGUGUGGAGUAUUGGAGUUAUAGCAUAUAUUCUUCUGUGUGGCAGCCGUCCUUUUUGGGCUCGAACUGAGUCAGGGAUCUUUAGGACAGUUCUAAAGGCUGAUCCAAGUUUUGAAGAACAACCUUGGCCUGCUCUGUCUUCGGAAGCAAAAGACUUUGUUAAACGUUUGUUAAAUAAGGAUCCCCGUAAAAGAAUGACUGCAGCACAAGCCUUAAGUCAUCCAUGGAUUAAACAUGGUAAUAAUGUAAAGGUACCGCUGGACAUUUUAAUCUUCAAACUCAUGAAGGCUUACAUGCGGUCUUCUGCACUUCGUAAAGCUGCCUUGCGGGCUUUAUCUAAGACAUUAACCGUAGAUGAGCUAUAUUAUUUGAAAGAGCAAUUUGCACUGCUGGAGCCAAGCAAGAAUGGCACCAUAAGCUUGGAAAAUAUUAAAGCGGUCUUGAUGAAAAAUGCAACCGAAGCUAUGAAGGAGUCUCGUAUCCAUGAUUUUCUGGGUUCACUUAAUGCACUGCAGUACAGAAGGAUGGAUUUUGAGGAGUUCUGUGCAGCUGUAUUAAGCGUCCAUCAGCUUGAGGCACUUGAUAGAUGGGAGCAGCAUGCUCGCUGUGCGUACGAACUUUUUGAGAAGGAUGGAAACAGGGCCAUUAUGAUUGAGGAAUUGGCUUCGGAACUUGGCCUCAGCCCUUCUGUGCCCGUUCAUGCUGUUCUCCAUGAUUGGAUCAGGCACACUGAUGGAAAGCUCAGUUUUCUGGGAUUUGUAAAAUUGUUGCAUGGUGUGUCUAGCCGCUCUCUUCCUAAAGUUCAAUGACAGUCGUUGGAGGUGCCCUCGUGCUCCUAAUGGCUAAUGACUGCACAUUUGGGGAUCUUUUGGCAAAUCAAGGAGCUCAUAAUUGGUGAUUGAGAUCAUUUUGCACACCAUCAUUUGCUGCAACAAAGAUUGGACUUUGGGAUUGGUAUUUAGGUCGUGGCAGAGGCUUGGUCGUGUCCAUUAUAUUUUUUUAGAGGAUCAGAACUGUGAUUACUGAUUACCGUGCGGUGAACAUGUGAUUAGGUUUGCCACUGUAAAGCUGUAGUUAAUUUCAUACUCAACGUUUUAGAUUAGAAUAUUUUUCAGUUGGUUCUGGACGCAACCUCUUUUACUAACACAUAGUUACGCCUUGACAUGUUGGAUUGCCCUGUAUCUUCCCUUGCUCUGCAUUUUUUUCUAAUCAAGAAUUUCUUUUGAACUUUUGCCGUUUA